AUGGAUAAUGUCCUAUCAUUGGACAUAAUUGAACUUGCGGCAGCCGAUGUGUGGCUUUCAAAGUUUUUGAGUGCGGGUUCUUGUGAUGAAAAACCGCGGCUGGAUCUUUCCACGCAUGAGGCACAAAGAGCUCUUACUGCAGCUGUUUUAAAGGCAAAAUACAAUAUCAUCGUUUCUUUGGACUCGAGACGAUUGUGUCCGGCGAUCCCCAAUCGUUUGGCGUAUGUCAGGUAUAUAUAUGACCUGGUGCUCUCUACCCAUGGAGAAGAACCUGGAGAGCGUAUGUGCGGAGUGGACAUCGGAACAGGUCAUGUCGCGAUAUAUCCACUGCUGGCUUGUUCGGAGUAUGCCGAUAUUAACUUUGUGGGAACUGAUAUUGACUUGGACUCUUUGAAUCACGCCUCGCAGAUAAUCCUAGAUAAUGGAUUCGGUAAUCGGAUCCAGCUCUUAUCAAGUCCCGAUGCGGAAACCAUAUUCUUCAAUAGUAUGUUUCCUGAUGGUAGUACCUAUUUCACCAUGUGUAAUCCACCCUUUUACAGCUCCCGCCAGGAAAUUCUCGAGAAGCGCUCUUCCAAAAAGACAGCCGCUUCGGCAUCAGAAACGAUGGCACUGGAUAGCGAGCUGAUUGCAGAUGGCGGAGAGGUUGGAUUUGUUUCUCGGAUGAUUGAACAAAGCUUCAUUUUUCGAGAUAAAGUUGUUUGGUUCUCUUCAUUAUUGGGAAAGAUGGAGUCUGUGGGUGCCGUCGUUGAUAUUCUUCGGCGAAUGACUAUAAGCAAUUAUGCCAUUCACGAACUGGUUCCAAGUGCUCACCAGGCUUCCACAAGAAGAUGGGUUGCUUGCUGGUCAUUCAAGUCAAUACGACCACCAAACGAACUAUGUCUUGCAAAAUCUCACAAGCUGAAGACUUUCAACCCGAGCCAUACGCAGUUUUUCUUUGAUGCUAAAAUCACGGAUAUUUCGUUGAUAUUACACCUAGUCAAAAAACUUGACCAAUGUGUGGUUGAGGAGGAUCUCAGGUGCCUGCAUUUGGUAUUUCCAGGGGAUAUUUGGUCAAGAUCGUAUAGACGAAAAGCCAAGAAAGACGUAGUGACGUUUGCUGAAGACGAUCGUUGUACUAUCAUUAUAAGGUUAUGUGAUGGUACUGUGGAGGUUUACUGGCGAUCUGGUAUUCAUUAUAAUAUAUUUGAGAGCUUUUGUGGCUGGAUCAAGCGAAGUGUUGGUGAGCUGCAAUGA